CUGGAAAUGAGCACAACCUGGAAACCACCCCCUCUUCACUUCCCUCUUGGCAUAUUGAUAUUCACAAACUCUAUGAUAUCACUGUCAGUCUAUCAGUGAGAGGUGAAAUGGCACGGCCAGGAGAUCAGCUCAGCCAGGAAAAGCUUUGCUGUUCAAUCUGUCUGGAUCUACUGAAGGAUCCAGUGACUAUUCCCUGUGGACACAGCUACUGUAUGAGCUGUAUUAAACACCACUGGGAUAAGGAGGAUCAGAAGAAAGUCUGCAGCUGUCCUCAGUGCAGACAGACCUUUGAAACAAGGCCUGCCCUGAAUAUAAGCACCAUGUUGGCAGGUUUAGUGGAGGAGCUGAAGAAGGCAGAACUGGACCCCCAGCCUCACUUUGAAGUUGUUCCAUUUAAGAAACAAAAGUUUAAUGGGGCUUUCACAACGCUUCCGGAGAACACCUGCCCUCAUCAGUUUGAGGUUUUCUGCCGCACCGAUCAGCAGUGUAUCUGUUAUAAGUGCGCUUUUGAACAACAUAAAGACCACGGCACUGUUUCCGCUGCAGAAGAAAUGGCCAGGAAGCAGAAAGAGCUUGGGGUGAUUCGGCAAAACAACAAGGAAAGAAUCAAGAAUGUAGAGAAAUAUGUGAAGCAGCUUCAGAAGGAGGUGGAGUAUAUCAAUCGCUCUGCUGAUAAAGCUGUAGGGAAUUGCGAGAUGAUGUCCACUGAGCUCGCCCGUCUCACGAAGAAAAACGCUGAUGUAAAGCAGCAGAUCAAAAAGCAACAGGAAAGUGAAGUGAGUCGGGCCAAAAAGCUACAGAAGAAGCUGCAGCAGGAGCUUGCUGAGCUGAGUAGGAGGGAUGCUGAGCUGGAGCAACUCUCUCACACACAGGACAACAUUCAGUUUCUGCGUGGUUACUUAUCGCUUUCAAAUAUCACUACAUCUGCCAUCUUCCCCGUCAUCAAUAUCCACCCUCUGCAACACUUUGAUGAUGUGACAACAAUAGUGUCAGAUGCCAUAGUUAAACUAAAGGACAGUUAUGGUAAGGAAUUGAACAAGAUCUCAGGGGCAGUGAGUAAAGUAUAUGUUUUACUGCCACAAGACCCCAAGUUCAGAAUGGAUCCAAACACAGCCAGCACGAAGAUGGUACUAUCUGAAGAGAACAGAAAAGCAACCUCAGUCCAAGAUGAACAGUCAUAUCCUAGUCACCCAGACAGAUUCAUGGACAGGUCUCAGGUUCUGAGUAGCAAAGGUCUGACGUCUGGACGUUGUUACUGGGAGGUGGAGUGGAGUGGCUUAGGAGUUACAGUAGCUGUCGCAUACAAGGGUAUUGUUAGAACAGGAGAGGAAAGUAUCUUUGGAAACAAUGACAAGUCUUGGGCUUUAGAGUGUGUGGCCAAAGGUACUGAUAAUUAUAUUAAUUUCAAACAUAACAGUAAGAAAAUUCACAUUUCUGGCCCUCAAUUCUCCAGAGUAGGAGUUUACGUGGAUUACAAGGCAGGUAUUCUGUCCUUUUACAGCGUCUCUGAAACUGAAACUAUCACUCUCCUCCACAAAGAGCAGACCACAUUCACUCAGCCUCUCUAUGCCGGACUGGGAGUUUAUUAUAAGGGGUCUACAGCAGAGUUUUGUGACGUCAAGUAGACAAGAGUUAGAGUGGAUUUCACCCAGGAAACAGAGAGGGCUUUCUCAUGACAAUUCAUUUAGUAUGCCUGAUGCAACCUACAUGAAACCUGUUUGUGUGGUGUAUAUACGUACAUACUUCUCUAAUUUGUUCUAUAUUUUGCAUUGUUGCUGUAAUAUUUUCUACUCUGUACGGCUACUUGGGCUUUAAUUGAGCAGCACUUACACGUUUAUUUUUUAAAUCACAGUUGGAUAAUUCAUUGUGGGUUAUUUUGAUAUUGUCACAUUGGCAAUGUAUUCAGAAAAGUAAAGUUAAGCCUUUUUUCUUUUAAGUCAUUUUUUGUAAUCAUCAUUGAAUUAUUUUCCUCCACAGUGCUGACAUACUUGUUUAACAUACUGUUGUUGUGUAUAAAGUGAAUACGUAGAUGGAAAGAUAAGUCCUAAAAUAACGUACUGAGUCAUUAUGUACGGUCAAUCAAUAAAGUAGUUUCGUUUUCCUUGCA